AUGGGCACGUCCUCGCUCCGGGGGCUCUGGCUCCUGGCGGCGCUCUGCUGGCUGCUGGGCGAGCGCGGCUGUGUGCAAGGUGCAAGAGCAAAAUGUGAAGAAUCUCAAUUCCAGUGUAGUAAUGGACGCUGUAUAACUCUGUUAUGGAAGUGUGAUGGAGAUGAAGACUGUUCUGAUGGCAGUGAUGAGAGCUCCUGUGUGAAGAAGACCUGUGCUGAAUCUGACUUUGUGUGCAACAGUGGUCAGUGUGUCCCUAACAGGUGGCAGUGUGAUGGGGACCCAGACUGUGAAGAUGGAUCUGAUGAAAGCCCUGAACUGUGCCACCUGAGAACAUGCCGGGUAAAUGAAAUCAGCUGUGGUCCUCGAUCAACUCAGUGUAUCCCUCUGUCCUGGAAAUGUGAUGGUGAAAAUGACUGUGAUAGUGGUGAAGAUGAAGAGAAUUGUGGCAAUGUAACUUGUAGCCCUGCAGAGUUCACUUGCUCCAGUGGGCGAUGCAUCUCCAAAAACUUUGUCUGUAAUGGCCAGGAUGACUGCAGUGAUGGUAGUGAUGAACUGGACUGCACACCACCUACUUGUGGAGCACAUGAAUUUCAAUGUAAAAGUUCUAGCUGUAUCCCUAUUAGCUGGGUAUGUGAUGAUGACGCAGACUGUUCAGACCAGUCAGAUGAAUCUCUAGAGCAAUGUGGCCGCCAGCCUGCCCAUCCUGUGAAAUGUUCUCCUAGUGAAGUACAAUGUGGCUCAGGAGAAUGUAUUCACAAGAAGUGGCGGUGUGAUGGAGACUCAGACUGCAAGGAUGGAAGUGAUGAAACAAACUGCCCUUCCCGGACUUGUAGACCAGACCAGUUCAAAUGUGAAGAUGGGAAUUGUAUCCAUGGUAGCAGGCAAUGUAAUGGUGUAAGAGACUGUCUAGAUGGAACUGAUGAAGUCAACUGUAAAAAUGUCAAUCAGUGCUCUGGAUCUGGCAAAUUCAAGUGCAGAAGUGGGGAAUGCAUAGACAUCAGCAAAGUGUGUAAUCAGCAGCAGGACUGCCAGGACUGGAGUGAUGAACCCCUCAAGGAAUGCAACUUGAAUGAAUGCCUGGUGAACAAUGGUGGAUGCUCUCAUAUCUGCAGAGACCUAGUUAUUGGGUAUGAAUGUGACUGCCCAGCUGGGUUUGAACUGAUAAACAGGAAAACAUGUGGAGAUAUUGAUGAAUGCCGGAAUCCUGGGAUUUGCAGUCAAAUCUGUAUUAACUUAAAAGGAGGCUACAAAUGUGAAUGUAGCCGUGGCUAUCAAAUGGAUCUAGCUACCGGAGUGUGCAAGGCAGUAGGAAAAGAACCAUGUCUGAUUUUCACUAAUCGUCGGGACAUCAGGAAGAUUGGUCUGGAAAGGAAAGAAUACCUCCAGCUCGUAGAGCAGCUAAGAAACACCAUAGCUCUAGAUGCCGACAUUGCUGAGCAUAAACUCUUUUGGGCUGACUUUAGCCAAAAAGCAAUUUUCAGUGCCUCACUUGAUAGUCGUGACAAGGUGGGCAAACACUUAAAAAUCAUAAGCAAUGUACACAGUCCUGCAGCAAUUGCUGUUGACUGGGUAUACAAGAACAUCUACUGGACUGAUUCAGCUUUAAAGAGUAUCUCAGUGGCUAGCCUUGACGGUGCUAAAAGGAAGAUCCUGUUUAAUACAGGCCUAAGAGAGCCAGCCUCCAUAGCUGUGGAUCCUCUCUCUGGCUUUAUGUACUGGUCUGACUGGGGUGAACCAGCCAAAAUAGAAAAGGCAGGAAUGAAUGGACUUGGUAGACAGCAACUGGUGACAACAGACAUCCAGUGGCCUAAUGGAAUUGCACUAGAUCUUGUAAAAAGCCGCCUCUACUGGCUUGAUUCAAAGCUACAUAUGCUGUCCAGUGUGGAUCUGAAUGGCCAGGAUCGUAGGAUUGUGUUAAAAUCACAUGAGUUUCUUGCUCAUCCUCUUGCUCUAACAAUAUUUGAGGACCGUGUCUACUGGAUUGAUGGAGAGAAUGAAGCAGUCUAUGGUGCCAAUAAAUUUACAGGAUCUGAAUUGGCUACACUAGUGAACAACCUCAACGAUGCUCAGGAUAUCAUUGUGUAUCACAAGCUUGUUCAACCAUCAGGCACAAACUGGUGUGAUGAGACCAUGAAGAAUGGUGGCUGUGAGUAUCUGUGCCUGCCUGCUCCCCAGAUAAAUGAACACUCUCCAAAGUAUGCCUGCAUAUGUCCUACUGGAUACAACCUACAAGAUGAUGGCCUAAGGUGUAAAGGUACUGGAACUACUGUGGCUUACAUUGAGACAAAAGAUACCAGCACAACAGAAAAACCACCAACUGUUGGACCAGUUCCUGGAGGACACAAUUUCAGCAGUGCUGUGUCAGAAGUCAGUUCUGCCAAAGGAACUUCAGCUGCCUGGGCUAUUCUUCCUCUGGUAUUACUGGCACUGGCAGCAGCAGCAGGUGGCUACUUCAUGUGGCGUAACUGGCAACACAAGAAUAUGAAAAGCAUGAAUUUUGACAAUCCUGUCUACUUGAAAACAACUGAAGAAGAUCUCACUAUUGACAUUGGGAGACACAGCAGUUCAGUAGGACACACUUAUCCUGCAAUAUCAGUUGUAAGCACAGAUGACGAUCUAGCUUGA